AUGGAUAUCUCUGGUGGAAGUUGGGGCAUGGAUUUGAGGAUCUUAGCAAGUCGAUUUAGCUAUAAUUUCAGGCUCGUUUCUAUUGUAUCAGGUUCUUCCUGCUUCUUUUGGCUGAAUGGAAAGCUACAUUUAUUGAAAGCAGAUACUUUAAUUAUUGAGAAAGUCAAGAAUGGUGAAAUCAUCUUACUGGAUGCAUACAAGAGAAAGACUAUCCCUUGGGGUCUUGACAUCAAGAGGCCUCUGGCAGAAAGGUUAACCAUGGACUUGAAUCAGUCAAUAGAGUUCACACCUUCUUCAACCUUGUCUCCACAUAUUCAUAACUUCCUGCCAAUGACUUCUUUCAUGUUGUCUUUUCACCAGCCUUCCAAGGAGGACGGUGAAGAACUGAAGCGUUCCCAUCUUCUGAUUCAGAAGCGCAAUUUAGAGUUAUUCUGGUACCAACAAAUGAUGGAGAUUCAUAACAUUUCAGCUUUCAAGAGCCACCAUCAGCUACCUCUAGCAAGGAUCAAGAGGAUUAUGAAAUCUGAUAAAGAUGUGAAGAUGAUCAGUGCAGACACUCCUGUCUUGUUCUCCAAGGCCUGUGAGCUCUUCAUUCUGGAGCUCACUUUGCGUGCGUGGCUGCAAAUGGAAGAAGGUAAGCACCGGACCCUGCAGCGCUCAGACAUUGCCAGGGCUAUAAGGCAAGAGGAGGGACUUGAUUUCUUGGUUGACGUUGUCCCAUUGAUUAACCAAAAGGAUGAUCAUGUAAAAUUUGCAGAGGAAAAUGAGUGUGAUCCUAUUAAUCAACUGCAGUUUCCUGUGUUGGAUAUGAAUGCUGAUCUGGUUAUGAGGAGUCCAGAAGUUCAGCAUCUCAUGAUCAAGACACCAAUGUCCAAUGAUGAGUUUAAUUAUGAAUCUGCUACCAGG